AUGGCUGAGCAGCCCAAUUCUCGGGCAUCAGCUGUGAACACUACUGCAAUCUCCAUUCUUGGACAGCGCUAUGGCCACCAACGAAACAAGACGACUAUCUCCAAUAUUUCGGAGAUGCUGCCUCUAAACCCACAAGUUCCGUCAUUGAUGGAGCCCUUGGAGCGUUUUAACUUCGACCAACCGAUUUCCUCGGGACGCCAUGACACCAAGAACUUUGCUAUCGAGCAAAAGCAUGUGUUGCCUUCUGUUUCCUCGAGCACUCUUGGGCAACAGCCUGACCACCUCGGUGAUAUCUUGUCGCGGACUCCAGAACCCAUGCACUCACCCACAGCAAUGCGAUGGAAAGACUCUGCUCGCAACGAGGAUAUCAUCCCAGACAGCAGUCGUGCGCGUACCUUGUCCGGCGUCUCCAUCGACUCUACCUCUACGAUUGCGGACGACACUUGGAACCCGGUAGACACUUAUCUCAGCUCAUCUUCUUCAGACGGGGAGCUCAAUAUGGGCCAAGCAGUCCCACUCCACGCCAUGAACAACGAAAGAGCCGUACCAGGUCUUUGGGACGAAGUUCGAGAGAACCCAGAGGAGAUUCCGACAGAGCAAUUGGACUACUGCUACCCAUUGGAUGAGUGGGACCAAGCUGGUCAUCAGCACGCUGUCGAGUGUUGCGACUUUGCCUAUGUCGCUCGCAAAGUCCCAUCUUCAGCAGAGGAGUGGGAUAACGUCGAACUUGUACGCAAGGGUCGCGCAUCUGAUGAGGCCUCCCUUGCUGACACCAUCGACAUGAGCGAGGAAGAGGUGGUGGAUCAGCGGGCUCUUGACCUUGCGCGACGCGAGAUCUAUCACGACCACGAUCGAGAGGAGACGAUAUUGCUCGGCUCGGGACCAAUCGAGACAGAUGACUGGGUCGACUUCGAGGACCAUGAAGUUAUUGCCGAGCAUCCUUCGUCUCAUACUGAUCGCUUUCUGCUGCCGUCUACGUUUUACGUGCCGCCGGAGGCUGGGCGCUCAUCAUCCGAGGGUGAGGCGCGAACUGGACUGGAAGAGCGUUUCUCGUUUCCCAACGAUGGAGCCUUGCGAACGCUACCUUCGACAGUGUACGUUCAGCCGACGCCACGUCUCAUUGCUGAGGACGCAGGCUCCAUCAUGGAAUAUGCGAGUGGCAGUGGUAGUGACGGCGAUGAUGAGGCGUCAAUGCGAAUUGAUCUGGCGCCUGUAACCCGCAUUGAGAACAAUACUGUCAAAUCCCACGCCGAGGCAGACAAUGGUGAUUCAGAAUUCGAGGAGGGUAGUCCCAUAAACAGCAAAGAUCACACGAGCAUGCCUUCCAUCAAGCUCCAGAAGACGCGUAAAGCAGGUGGCGAGAAGCAGCGCCGCCACUCGGCCAACGUCUUCCGACGCAUCUCGGCACGCCUGCCUGGCUGGGGUGGCUCUCCCCACAUCGUUUACAGCUUCCAGUCCCCGCCUCAGGGUGAUGCUUCACAGCGCGUCGUGAGUGAGCCUUUGCUAAGUGGCGGAGUCGAUGUGCCAGUUCAGGACCGCAAGCGGGACACCUCUUUCGCGCGCUUGCUAAACAAGUUCAAGAGCAAGGAUGGCGUGAAAAAGGCGAAUGAUGGUACCGCGCCUCCAAAGUCGCUCUUGCGCCGUGCAGUUGAGCGAGCUGACGAAUUCAUCGUCCGACACAAUUGGUAG